AAAAUUUUCUCGAAUUUCCUCCGCGUCUGUUUGUGAGACCCGAAAAUUUCGUUCUCAAUAUCCCGGAGUUGAACUUGAGAUAUUGGCCGACCGAAAUUCGAAGAAGCUGCCGCAAAUCAGGCCAGUCUUUUCGGGAUCCGUGACAUUGCGAAGCACUGAAUUGCGUCAGUUCCAUGUUACGUCAUUCUUUAAUGAACACCGAAGCUGCAAUACCGUCGUGUGCAUUACGAAUAUUAGCAGCUUGAGCAGAGGAUUUGUUCACAAAGGACCAUAAUUACUGAGAAAUUUUGAGAAAAACUGCAGCAUGACUUCUGUGGUGGAGAAGUCACCAAGCAAAACGACUCUGGUGCCGCAGGGCACAGAGAACAAGGAUCCACAGGAGGAUUACACGAGCAUCUGUGGCAAGACUGUGCUGGUCAGUCCCACUUCCGAGCAGUUUGACCUGCUGCUGCGUCAGCUUCGAGAGAGGUUAGAUGAUGGACGUGGAGAGACUAUCUACGAGAUUGGGAUUGGAGAAGACUCCACUGAAGCUGGUUUGGCUGAAGACGAGUUCGAGGCGUCGGUGGCCACACUCAAGUCACUGGCCAGCACGUUAGACUCCGACUGCAAGGAGCUGCGCCAGCGGCAGCUAGAAAAAGGCUUGACAGGCCAGUUUUUGGUCAGAAAACGCCUCGACGAGCAGGAUUUCUUGGAAAUCCGGGUGGCUGUGGUUGGAAAUGUGGAUGCCGGCAAGUCCACAUUACUCGGAGUCUUGACUCACGGAGAGCUUGACAACGGCAGAGGUCAUGCCAGGCAGAAGCUCUUCAGGCACAAGCAUGAAAUGGAGUCUGGCAGAACCAGCUCGGUUGGAAAUGAUAUUUUGGGAUUUGACAGUGUUGGCAAUGUUGUCAAUAAACCUGAGCACGGCUCUCUCGACUGGGUACGAAUCUGUGAGCGAUCUGCCAAGGUGAUCACUUUCAUCGACUUGGCCGGCCAUGAGCGCUACUUGAAGACCACGGUCUUUGGAAUGACAGGACAUGCUCCCCACUUUGGCAUGCUGAUGGUCGGCGCUAACGCUGGAAUCGUUGGCAUGACCAAAGAGCACCUUGGUCUUGCCCUGGCACUCAGUGUGCCAGUCUUUGUCGUCGUGACGAAAAUUGACAUGUGCCCACCCAACGUCCUGACCGACACUCUGCGGUUACUGGUCAAGGUCCUCAAGUCCCAGGGCUGCAGGAAAGUGCCCGUCAUGGUCCGGACGGAAGACGAUGUUGUACUUGGAGCAACAAACUUUGUUUCAGAAAGGUUAUGCCCAAUCUUCCAAGUGUCAAAUGUGUCAGGAGAGAAUUUGGAUUUGCUGAAGAUGUUCUUGAACUUGCUCACCACAAGGAACAAUGCCCGUGACGACGAGCCAGCCGAGUUUCAAAUUGAUGACAUGUACAGUGUCCCAGGUGUUGGAACUGUAGUGUCGGGGACAACUCUUGCUGGAACAAUUCGUCUGAAUGACACAUUACUGCUUGGGCCUGAUUUGCUGGGCCAUUUCACGCCAAUUGCGAUCAAAAGCAUCCAUCGCAAGCGGAUGCCUGUACGAGAAGUGCGAAGCGGGCAAACUGCUUCCUUUGCUCUCAAAAAGAUCAAGAGAUCCCAUUUACGGAAGGGAAUGGUCAUGGUUGCUCCUUCGUUAAAUCCCUCCGCCUGCUGGGAAUUUGAAGGAGAAAUUCUUGUCCUACAUCACCCAACAACUAUCAGCUCUCGCUAUCAAGCAAUGGUUCAUUGCGGUAGCAUUCGUCAAACUGCUUCAAUUCUGUCGAUGAACGCUGACUGCUUACGAACAGGAGACAAAGCUCUGGUGCACUUUAGGUUCAUCAAACACCCAGAAUACUUGAAACCAGGCCAAAGAAUGGUAUUCCGUGAGGGUCGCACGAAAGCUGUUGGCAAUGUUCUGAGGCUGAUACCACACGCCAGUCCAGGCGCCCAACUGCCAAGGCCAAAACCCAACAAAAUGCAAAAGCAGCACAUAAGUUCAAGCGGCCACACUCCUUCUCCCGCGCCUUCAACAGUCGCAACAUCAUCAAUGUCUCAGAAUGAUGAAGCCACUGGCCAGUUUGACAUGGACAGGCGCGAGAACACGCCCAACCGCACAGGCCGCAAGAGCCGAGGAAGACGAGGUGGCAGAGGCAGAUCUUCCACCGACAGGACUUCAAGCCCUGGUGUGAAACCACUAGGGGAACAAAAUGCUGGAGCUCCUCGACCAGGAAAAGCUUGAAAUCUCUAAGAAAAUCUUAUCAUACGGUCCCCUGGGACAUUUUAAAUCCUCUUAAACAAAUUUCGAUCAAGGCGAGACUUUGUGUUCUAGGAGUACAAAAUUUUUUCUUGAAAUUAAGAAUAAAGAUUAUCAAGCCGAGUGCUCCCUUGACAUUUGCUUUGCCAUUUUUGUUUAGGACAAAAAUCUAGCUGUCCCUUUAUUUGUUUUAAAAAACGAUUGAAUUGAAAUAUUCAACCGUUGUGAGAUGAGUUAUAUUUUGGAUUACUGGUUCAUAUAUAUAUAUGCACCGCCCCACUUACGGAUUUUACUGUAUACUUUUUUGCUUUAUGUUUAGAUGAAUGAUCUCCAAUAAAGCACUUGUGACAGUAAAAUCAACACAUCCUUGCAUUUAAUGCUCACUGAUUGAUGCAAUUUUAUUCAAUCCAUUAAUUCCACCAUUAUGAAUUAAUUACAUUAAAUUUAAUAAAUUUAGAAUUACACAAAUUUCUCAAUCACUAUCUCGUAGAUGUGCUGGACAAAAUCAAGCUGAGUCAGUUUUAAUUUGAUUCCACCAACCUCCUCUUCGUAAUUAGGUGCAGGUAGCGUUUCUCCACCUACUUGGACAGUAGAUCCAGUGGGAUGAGUAUUUGACAGAAUUUGUGCAUCAUUCAUUCGGUCAUUUAAGUACUCCCUGCUGUAUUUCAGAGCAUCACUCAAUGGUUUCAAAAAACGCUCGUUAAUGUCAAUUUCUAUAUCCCAAAUGCCUGUGAAGGCACCAGGCUUUGGAUCAGCCA